UAUGCGUCUGUGAGAGAGAUUUUUCGAGAAUUAAGCGGUUAUGCAUUUUUCUUCUUCAGCAUCGUCAUGGAUGAAGCAUCUAUGCACUCUGAUACCACUCGCGAUGGUGAUUCUAUUGUCAGGUUUCUACGUAAACCCUGACUAUCUGCACCAGUAUUUGAGUUCGAUGAAUAAUCGGACGAUUUUGGAGGAACACGAUGGGAGAUUGUCACUUGGAUUCGAAUCUCGGGAUGAUGUUCGUCGUCAUUCUGGAAAAUUUGUAAACAGUAGCCAUCGACGAUUCAAUUCACGUGCAAAGCUGGUUGAGAGUGAAGAUGGGAUGAGCGAUUUAGAGAAGGUAGAAGCAGACCUGGCGGAGGCCAGGGCGGCCAUUUUGGGCGGCGGGAACGUGACGGACGGUUCUGAUUAUGUUCCUAAGGGAGCAAUCUACUUGAAUCCAAAGGUCUUCCAAAGAAGCUACCUGGAAAUGGAGAAGAGGCUGAGAAUAUACGUGUACGAAGAAGGCGAGCCGCCGUUGUUCCACUUGGGCCCCUGCAAGCACACCUACUCAAUCGAAGGGAUUUUCAUGUCCGGCAUGGAAGUCGGCCGCUUCCGUACAUACGACCCCCGGCGCGCGCACCUCUUCUUCCUCCCCAUCAGCAUCACCAUGCUCGCCGAAGCCAUUUACCAGCGCGGCUCGCACGACUGGGCGCCCAUGAAGUCCGCCGCACUCGAUUACAUCAGCGUCAUCGCCCGAAAGUAUCCCUUCUGGAACCGCACUCGCGCCGCUGAUCAUUUCAUGCUCGCCUGCCAUGACUGGGGGCCGGAGAUCUCCUUGGCAGUGCCCAACCUACACAACAAUUCGAUCCGAGCCUUGUGCAACGCCAACACCUCGGAGCGAUUCGAUCCGUGUCGCGACGUGUCGGUGCCGGAGAUCCACAUCCCGGGCGACUCUCUGAAAGGCCUGAUCGGCGGUCCACCGCCGUCGCAGCGUCCGAUCCUGGUGUUCUACGCGGGCGGCGUCCACGGCCCGAUCCGGCCGAUCCUGCUGGAGCACUGGGAGAACAAAUCCGAUCCGGAGGUUCAGAUAUUCCGGUACCUUCCGAAGAAGGUUUCCUACUACGGAAUGAUGCGGAAGAGCAAGUACUGUCUGUGCCCGAGCGGCUACGAAGUGGCGAGCCCAAGGAUGGUGGAAGGCCUCUAUUUGGGGUGCGUGCCCGUGCUGAUCAAGGACGGCUAUGUGCCGCCCUUGAGCGAUGUGCUGAAUUGGGAGACGUUCGCGGUGACGCUUCCGGUGGAGGAUAUUCCCAACCUGAAGGGCAUACUGGCCGGAAUCUCGCUCCGGCGGUACGUGAGGAUGCAGCGGGCGGGGAUUCAGGUGCGCCGACAUUUUAUGAUUAAUUCGCCCGCCCAGAGGUACGAUGUGUUUCAUAUGAUUUUGCAUUCAAUUUGGCUGCGCCGGCUUAACGUCCGUCUCCGUGAAAAUCAAUCUCUUUUCACUGACAUCGACGACUGAAAUUAUUUACUAGUGUUGACAUAGGCGAUUGCAACGUGGAUCGGAAUAUGGUUUUAUUUAUCUAAUUUUAUGUUUUCCUUAUGCUGUCUUCCUUUUAACGCGGUUCCAUGUUAUAAAAAAAACUAAUACUUCCGUCCCUCGCCGAUGAGGCGAGGGUGGACUUGUUACUGUGAAGUCAUGA